CGAUAUUUUACAUUUCAGUUGAAUUAUAAACGAGACGGGGUAACAACGUCCAGGCUUAAGAAUCGUCCGAAAGGAAACCAAAAUUAUUAAAUUAAAAAAUAAUAAUUAUGUCAAUACCAGUUUUUAUUCUGCUGAUGGUUCUUCUCAUCUACUCACCUGGAGGCAGUACUUUAAAAGCGAAAGCAGAUGGGAAUAGUUCGGAAGACGGCAUAAAUCUUAAAAUAUCCGAUGCUGUACAUGCUGUGUGUCCCUUUUUUGGAAACGCUGCCAAGAGUCACCCGCAAAACCCACCAAUAUUGGAGCAAGUUUAUUUUCAGUUUCAAAGUGCUUGUCGAUCCAGAGAGUACCCAAUACCAGAGACGAAGAAACUUCUUGAAAUACCGGAAUAUGAUGGAAAUAAAACCACUGUCGUAUUUAUUCCCGGCUGGAUGGCAUUGCCAACUGAUAGGUUCGUAAGUGCCCUGGCAAAAGCCUAUCAUUGUAGGGGAGGUUAUAAUUUUGUGGUUCUCAACACAAACGGUUUUCUUUCGACUGGCUAUUAUACAUCCGCCUUUAAUACGGACAAGCUUGGAGAAUUUGUGGCUAUGGGUUUGAGAAAUAUGCAAAUUGCACCCGAACGCAUUCAUUUGAUCGACCAUAGCUUGGGUGCCCAUAUUGCCGGCUUAGCGGGUAGCCAUUAUCAAAAUUUGACAGGCCACAAACUGGAACGUAUCACCGGUCUGGAUCCGGCUAGACCUUGUUUUGUUGCACCCAUUAUAUUUCCACGAUUUGCUGCUGAUGUGGCGAAAUUUGUUGACGUAAUUCAUUCCAAUCCCAAUGACAGCGGCAUUAAGGAACCACUUGGCGGUGUAGAUUUCUAUCCAGCGGGUGUGGACACCAUAAAGCCGGGAUGUAUGGGUCAACCGGAUAAUUGUUCGCAUUUACGUUCAAUUUAUUAUUACAUUGAAACUCUUUAUCCCGGUAAUGAAAUAAAUUUCAAAGGUAUUCAAUGUCAUCAUUUUGAGAAUUUGGUGGCUAAAAAUUGUAGUGGCAGCAAGACCAAUGUUGCAAUGGGCAUAGCUGCAUCUGCGGAGAAUAAAGGCAUAUUUUAUGUUUCCGUUAAUGGUCGACCUCCUUAUGGUACAAAUGCAAAGCCUGCAAAUGACAAUACAAUGUCCGAUAAGUGUGGCGAAUGUUCGAAAUGAUAAUAAAUAAAAUUAAGAUGAGAUAAAAUUU